ACAGACACAGAGAAAACAAGAGCCUGGUCAAAUCAAAAGUGGUAGCUCAGAAACAAGAGAGGGCAACUAUGAACCUUCCGAAGUUUCUUCUUCCUCUAAAUUGGAAGGUAUCGAUCACUCAAAUAUGAACCCAAAGUACUCGGUUUUGACAUUCUCUCGUCACAAUUGUUUCUAGCAACAUCAUCUUCAUAUAAAUCAUCACCCCAUCGUCCAGAAAACCCUAUAAGAGAAGAAGAAGAAGAGGAAGAGAGGGAGAGAUGAGUGGUGAAGGCAUUGUGGAGAAGGCUUUGAACAGUUUGGGGAGAGGGUACGACAUAACAUCCGAUUUUCGACUGAAAUAUUGCAAGGGAAAGAGAAGGUUGGUCCUGCUCGAUGAAACGGACAAGAGAGAACUCGCUGUUCCAGGUUUCGGAUUCUAUAAUGAUGUCUCCGUCGACAUAAAAUGCGAUAAAGGCGACCGGACAAGAUACCAGUCCGACGUUCUUGAGUUCAAUAAGAUGUCGGAGUUUUUCAAUCAGAAGUGCUCGCUGCCGGGAAAGAUCCCGUCGGGGUUAUUCAAUUCUAUGUUUGGGUUCAACAGUAGUUCAUGGGCGAGAGACGCUUCGGAGACCAAAUGCUUGGCUCUUGAUGGUUACUACAUCAUCCUCUUCAACCUCCACAUCGACCGUUAUCCGCUUCUACUCUCCGACCAAGUCCGGAAAGCAGUUCCCUCUACCUGGGAUCCCGCUGCCCUAGCCAGGUUCAUAGAGACCUACGGAACCCACGUUAUUGUGGGGUUGGGGAUUGGGGGUCAAGAUGUGGUGCUUGUUAGACAAGAUCAAAGUUCAAACUUGCAGCCAGCAGAGAUCAAAAAGCACUUGGAAAGCCUUGGAGAUCAACUGUUUACGGGGACAUGCACCCUCCCACUUCAUUGCAAAUCCAGGGUCCAUACCAGGCACAAGGCUCCUAAGGCAUUCAACGUUUUCGACCCAAACCCGAACUUCAUGGGCGGCUUCUCGUCGAUCACAACUAAAGAUGGAAUUUCAGUUAUUUGCUCUAAGAGAGGAGGGGAAUUAUUAGCCAACAGCCACUGUGAGUGGCUUCUUACAGUGCCGUCGGUGCCGGACGCCGUCCAUUUCAGCUUCAUACCCAUAACUUCUCUCCUCCAAGGAGUCCCCGGCAAAGGUUUCUUAUCACAUGCAAUCAACCUCUACCUCCGCUAUAAACCACCUAUGGCUCAUUUGCAAUACUUUCUGGACUUCCAAUCUCACAAAUUGUGGGCCCCCAUUCAUAAUGACCUUCCAUUGGGUCCCACCACAAACAGGGUUAUUCCAACUCCAGCUCUUCAUUUCAACUUAAUGGGCCCAAAGCUUUACGUGAAUCCAGUUCAGGUUACGGUUGGAAAGAGACCAGUGACAGGGAUGCGGUUGUAUCUGGAGGGAAUGAAAUGUAAUGGGUUAGCCAUACAUCUAGAACAUUUAUCAAAUACACCAGUCGUGCUCCAAAACAGGAUAGAUGAUGUUCCGAUAUGGCGAGGAUCGGAAGAGAUUGGCGACGACCGGUUUCUCGAAGCUGUACAAUGGAAGAAAUUCUCACAUGUAUGCACAGCACCAGUGAAGUAUGAUCCCCAGUGGGCUGUUGGCUGCAGAGAUGUUGUAUUCAUUGUCACAGGAGCUCAGCUCCAUGUGAAGAAGCAUGGGUCCAAGAGUGUACUCCACCUCCGGCUUUUGUUCUCCAAGGUGUUGUGUUCUGGCAUUGCAAGAUCAGUGUGGACACAAUGCCCGUCAGAGUUCUCUCACAAGUCAUCAAGCUUUUUCUCAGCAAUUAGUACUUCAAUUUCAGGCAAUUCAGAGAAGGAGAAGCCAGCUCCAGUAGUAAUAGAUUCUGCGGUAUUUCCAAAGGGUCCUCCACUUCCUGUGAAUACUCAGAAACUGUUGAAAUUUGUAGACUUAUCAGAGUUGUGUAAGGGGCCAAAGGAUAGCCCCGGGCAUUGGUUGGCUACUGGAGCAAAGCUAGAUUUACAGAAGGGAAAGAUAUGUCUACAUGUUAAAUUCUCUCUCUUGAGCUAUUUCUUUUGAGAACACUUGGAUAGAGAGAGAGAAUGCAUUGUGAAUAUGAAAAUUUUAGUUAUAUUUUUUUUUUCUUUUUUGGAAAAGACACAUGUAUAUCUGAUGCAGCAUUUGAAAGGAAGUAGAAAAGUACGCAAACCUAA